CCCAAGGCACUGGGGACGGGGUGGGCGGGGAGGGGAGGAGGGAGGAGGGAACGGGGACAGCCGUCCAUGGAGGACGGAGUGACUGAAGCGCAAGGAUGGAGUGCCGACGUCGAGCAGGAGAGGGAGGGGGGACGUGCAAAGGACUCUGUGGACACCAUCCGCUCGCUGACGCUGGGCAUCAGCGCGCACCAGAAGCUGGACCUGCUGAGUGGGCUGGUGCAGCUGCUUGGGUACGAGACCGUGGCGGUGUUUGGGGACUGCUUCGACGAGGUGACGCUGUUGGACCCGGUGCGCUUCCCCGGCGCCAUCAAGGCCUUCGCGCGGGAGGUGUGCAGGAAUGACAUCCUGAACUUCGGCCGCCUGCACUUCUUCUUCCCCGACUCCCGCCUGGCGCUGGACCUCAACACAGACCGCACACUCAAGGAGGCGCGCUUCGACCGGCACUUUGUUCGCGACCUGGUGUGGAGCCGCCACCAGCUGGAGGAGCUGGCGGAGCGGAGGUUCAGGGCGGCGCAGCAGACGCUGCGCGCGGAGGCCGCCCGCACCGGCGGCCCGGCGGCGCUGCUGCCCACCGACCCCGCCAGCGUGGCGGCGUUCGGCGACCCAAACACCAUGAGCUUCGCCGACCUUUUCAAAAAGGUCCGCGGCGAGGACUUCUCCUCCUACCUGGCCAAGCUGUCCACGCCCCGAGAGCUGAUGAUCAUGAUGACCGAGAUGUUCAGCCGCAUCGAGCAGAACCCCGAGGGCGGACUCACAGCGCAGGACAUGGAGAUUGCGGUCACCAAGGCGCUGGAGCAGAGCGUGUGAGCGGCCGCUGGGUGCGGAGGAGCAGGAGGAGGAGGAGCAGGAGGAGGAGCAGGAGGAGGAGCAGGAGGAGGAGGAGGAUGUUUGGGAAGAGGAGGAGCUGGCUGGCAUGCGUAGCAGGCAGGUGGGCAGGCCAAUUCACACCAGGUUGGUCUGCAGUAUGGCACGAUGGGGGGGGCUGCGGCGCCGCCUGCCGCCGCCGAGACCCCGGCGGACCCGGUGCGGNNGCAGCCGCCCCCCGGGAGGGCGCAUGAGGGCGUGGGGGGAUGUGCGGUUGGGAGUACACACACGCACACACACGUCAGGCGUGGGGGUCCCUAGGGGCGCCAGGAUCUGUUUUGCGGCGGCGGUGCCAGGCUGGUGUGUUGGAUGCGCUGGGGCAGGAGGUCACUGACGGGAGGCGCCGUGGCGGCGCGGCAGGAUGAGGGCACGGGAUGAGGGCUUGGCUUAGACAUGUGCUGGAGUGAGGUGCGGUACUGCGGGUACACAGCGUUGGUGGUGGAAGGGUACGGUCAAGGGCACACGUGAGGGCGGCAUGGGCGGUGCUUGGCGGCGGUCUGGGCUUCGGGCUGGUGGCAUGUGGGGAAACUGACACGUUCGUAGGGUUAGGCAGCUGUGUGUGUAGGUGUGUGUGUGUGUGUGUGUGUGUGUGUGUGUGUGUGUGUGUGUGUGUGUGUGUGUGUGUGUGUGUAGGUGUAGGUGUGUGUGUGGGUGUAGGUGUAGGUAUGUACAUGGCAGCAAGCCGCCGCCUAGGAACCAACGAACAGCGAGAGCGCAUGGAUGGCAGGGGACCUGGCGGCAAAUGGCAGCGGCAGCAGGGACUGGCGUGUGGGGGCCUAAAUGUGGGACCCAAGUGUGGGACCUAACGACGUGAGGGGGGCGCAGGGCACGAAGCGCUCUCGCGCCGUCUCUUGCAACAGACAUCCCAUGCAUUCGCAUU